AUGGAUGCAGCAUGUAACAUAGCCAAGGACAUAGCCAGUACCAAUGCGACCUUGACAGAUGAAAAACGUCUGUACAAUACAAUCCACUACUACAUGAUGGGCGUGGGAACCCCAGUCGUCUGUGGAUUCGGACUCAUCGGAAAUACACUUAACCUUCUUGUUUUAACAAGAGAAAAAAAGCACAGGCAUUUGACCAAAAUGGAAAAAUCGGCACACAUGGGAUUAAUUGCGCUUGCGUUUUCAGAUUUCAUGUUUUGCUUGUUGGCAAUGCUGUUUACCAUUUUGCCACUACAAGAUCACUACCCUCAGAAGUCCAUUGUUUUGUACUAUGAUUAUUUUGGUGGAUCCUUCAUCAGCAUUUUCAUAAUCUGUAGUACAUGGUUAAUUGUUUGUAUGGCAGGUGAGAGAUAUUUUGCUGUGUGUCAUCCAUUCAGGGCAAGAAAAAUAAUUUCUCUCAAGAAAACAAGGAUAAGCAUAACUCUGAUAUUUGUCUGCUGUACCCUUUUCAGUACCCCACUUUUCUUAGAAAGGGUUAUAGAGGAGGUUUCUUGUUCCAAUGGCAACAACGGCACGUGGUAUGUGAUUAAGCACCGCCAUGGUUACACUACCAAUAUGGUGGCUGUUCGUCGUCUAGUCUGGUCAAUCCUAGCCGAUUUUGUGCCUUGCAUAUCUCUGGUGUUCUUUAACACUUGUUUGAUUUGGAAAAUUCAGAAGGCCAAAACCUUGCGAAAGAAGAUGUCUGGCAUAAGUCGUGAUGAUAAAAGUAUGUUUACUUCAAGCACUGCCAUCAGAGAAAAGAAUUCCAAAUACUAUACCACACCCAACAGUUCCUCACACAACAAAGAAGAAUCCAAGGACUUCGGGACAGCUUUGAACAAAAAGCCACUGAAUGGUCACCAACACAGUUUCGCGCCGACACGGACAUGUUCACAUGUUCAACUUCGUACAAACCCUCAUGGAUAUCGCCGUCGUGACGACAGUGCUCUCAACAGUGUCACAGCCACAUUGGUCGCUGUUGUUGUUUUGUUUCUCAUUCUUGUAUCACCAUCCGAAAUUCUGAAGUUUGCAACAUAUUACAUGGGAAAGUUCAGUAACAAGAACUACACAUACCUCAUGAUAAGAGACGUAACAAACUUCAUGCAGGCUGUCAACUUUUCAGUGAAUUUUAUUCUUUACUGUGCUGUGAACAAAAGCUUUCGACAGACUCUUGCCAGUAUUUUAUGCUUUUGCAGAAUGUCGGUGCAAAUCAAAAUUGUGAGAAAACCACCCCGGCACAGAUCCUUUGUACAGUCCCGGUCAUGUGACCGUGGAUACAGUUUUUAA